AUGGCUGUGGAGGUGGUGUCCACUCCCUUGGAGUGCUGCCCUUUCUGCGAGGGGUCGCCUGCGCUGGCGAGCGGAACCCUGCGCUGCCGAGCACUGGGGCUGUCGUAUCGCCACGGUGUGCAGCAGCUGGAGCUUCGCGGCCGCAGCUGCCGUGGCUGCAAGCUCCAGUUCCUUGGAUGCUGGUGCUGCGGGCGCGCAGAGGGCGACACCGACGUCCCGCGUCUUGCCUGUGCGCCCAGCCAUGCUUCUUGGUUCUUCAUGAAGACUCGCUUCCACGCGAAUGCACUGGUGGCUCUGAGUGUCGACUACCUCCGGUUCAUGACCGCUUCAAGCCCGGUCAAACACCCGUGGGCAUCUUUCUUGCACCUGCGGGCUUCUUUCCGUGGCCUCGCGAAGAUGCUCCCAGAGCUUUUCCCAGAGCAGCAUUUGGAGCCUAACGAUUGUCAUCGGGUCUUGGAGCACGGCUGGUUCCUGUUCGAGACGCUGAACCGACUGGACACUACGGCGUGCAUCGGCAAGACCAGGACCAUCGACAUCCGACUUGCCUCACUCGACACGACCUUGUGUAGUCUGGAGCCGUCUUUGUCCUUGCUGCUGUCCUCACAGGCAGUCGCACAUGUUUGCAGUGCCUGCGCCAACCCUGUACUUGCAGGGGACGGGGGGAUGAAGCUUACGACCAGGCUCUGCAACGAGCGUUCGUCGGCGACCCUGCAGGCAGACUUCUUACAGUUGACGAUUCCUCUGGGAUGUUCCCAGCGCCCUUGCCGCGGCAGCCUCUUCUGCAAGCGCCACCAGCUGCUGAACCCACCCGUGAUGCCGGAGAUUAACUGCCAUCGCAUCACGACGCAGGGGAACUUACAGUUUCGCUACAAGGGUGACACAGAGUUUGUCGCAGUCGAGGAGGUGGAUCAACGACGGCUCCGUCAGUACGACUCUCGUAAUCUGCUGACAGCUCUGGAUGAUGAGGCGGAUGCCGCGGCCGGGUCGGGCUCCGAGAGCGGCCAGGGUGGUGCCCGUGAUGCGAGUCCUGCCGUGCUUCGCAUGCACGCAUCGGACACGGCGAUCGAUGCUUGUCGCUGCGCCAAGGAUGAUCGCAAGCGCGUGGCCGUGCGCAAGUACGCGGGAGUGUUCGUGGUCUCACUUCCGUGUGGACACAUCGUCUUCCUGCAUCACAUGGUAGGGUCGGAAAGUCUGCCGCAGGUGCCGUAUUCCUUUGCCAAGGCACGAGAGCUUGCCGAACAAGACUUUCUUGUGCUACGACAAUGCCCACGCUCUGGCUCGCUACUGCCGGAACAAGAAACGGUUUUGAAGGAGAAGCAUGAGGUCUUGACCGAUGUUAACACCGAGGUUCAAGAGCAGGUCUUCGCAUGGGUUCGCUGGCUGGUCUACGUCGCCAAUCCGAUGAAGCCUGUGCGGCAUCGCAUCUUCUUCCUGAUCCUGGAGGACCGUGUGCUCCGCGGCGGGUGGGCCGAAAGCGACGCUUCGUGUCACGACGGCAGGUUGGAGGGCUGGCGAGAGGACUCUCCCCAGGUACUCCGCUGGCCGCAGAUCGUGACGAAGCAUGCAGAGGUUCCGGUCCGGCCUGCGAUGCUGGUCGCACGUGCCAGCCCUGGAACAGAUCUUGCAGAAUCCGCUGCUGGACUUUCUUCAGCCAGUGCCCUAGCAGCAGGGCCCCAUGACACGGCCGUUUCGGUGGAGCCGUCGAUGCCGGAAGUACCCUCCAGCUCCGGACUGUGUUCUGCAGAUGUCGGUCUUGCAGUUGUUGCGCCCGUACCUUCCGCGAUGGAUAGGAGCACCUCCGAGUCCAGCCCUGAGUUCGUGCUCAACUGCCGUGAUUGGAAGCUGCACCGCUUGCAGACGCCGGGUGCCCACGUUCUGGCUUGUGGGUCUUCCUUUCCGAAGAAAGCCACAAUGGCCGUGAACAUGAGCGUUGCCAAUCGCUCGCUCUGCCUCAAAGCCGGGUGCUUCUGA